AUGUCCAGCUUCCAAGAGGAAGAUGAAGAGGACUACUAUCUCCCGCUACAAGAUCAACGUGUCUUUGGCGCGGGUAUACGUCGUAAACGUGUACCCUUCGUGCGAUCAUCCGAGCAUGAGCUCAGCACGAUAAACUUAGCACGCCCCUCUACACCUUCGGGCCCGAGUGUCGCAGACACAUACCUCUCGAUCGUGCUCAAAAAGCCGAAUACAAGUACAUCGCCGAGUACGCCCAAAGAUCGAGAGACAUCACCUCCAGUGCGCGCCACAAGUUCCGCGCCGCCUACAUCAGAAGCCGUCUUCCCGCCGCCACCUGCUCCUACAUCGCAGACCCAAUCCCAAGACCACUGUGAAAUAUGCAACCUCCCAUUAUCCUUGGAGACCGGAUCAGACACCAACACAGAUACCCCGACCUCCCGACCCCACGAGGCCUCCCUUGCCCAUCAAGUCUGCCUGCAACACUCACAUCCACCCUCACAUCUCGACCGGACUCGUGCCGGCUUGCGCUACCUCUCCCACUACGGAUGGGACCCCGAUAGUCGUCUGGGCCUUGGUGCAUCAGGACGUGAAGGUAUCCGAGAACCCUUGAAAGGGCGGAUCAAACAUGACACUACGGGGUUGGGGGCGGGCCUGGAUGCAGACGGAGAUCGGAUACGUGUGCCACCUCCACCCCCGAAGAAAGUGGAAAAGUUGAAUGCGAAGCAGGCACGAAAGGGUGCGCUUGAGGCUAGGAAGAGGGGGAGAGAAGCUCAGGAAUAUGUUUUUCCAGAGUGA